UUGAGCAUUGUCAUAUCUGAAAUAUCCAGAGCUGCUAUAAAGGCACCAGGCACAACCACAGCGAUGGCCCUGGAACAUAAGAGCUGUGCACGAGAAUGGGGAACAAACAGACUAUAUUUACAGCAGAACAGCUAGAUGCAUAUCAGGACUGUACAUUUUUCACAAGAAAAGAAAUAUUAAGACUCUUCCACAGAUACCGAGACCUGGCACCACAGCUUGUUCCCCUGGACUACACCAGCAAGCCAGAUGUGAAGCUUCCUUAUGAGUUGAUUGCCAGCAUGCCCGAGCUGAAGGACAACCCUUUCCGACAGAGGAUAGCAGCGGUUUUUUCAGAGGACGGCGAGGGGAACAUGACCCUGGACGAUUUCCUGGACAUGUUUUCAGUGCUCAGUGAAAUGGCACCCAGAGAUCUGAAAGCAUACUAUGCUUUUAAAAUUUACGAUUUCAAUGACGACGAUUACAUCUGCAAGUCGGACCUCGAGAAGACGCUGACGAGGCUGACCCGGAACGAGCUGACCCCGGAGGAGGUGCGGCUGGUCUGUGAGAAGGUUAUGGACGAGGCCGACCUCGACAACGAUGGCAGGCUCUCCCUGGAGGACUUCCAGCACAUGAUCGCGCGCGCUCCCGACUUCCUCAGUACAUUUCAUAUCAGAAUAUGAGGAACGGUCAUGUGGACUCCCAGCGGUUAUAAUUAAGGCAGCAGGCAACAAUGAGGCUUUCCUGCACCGGACAGUAAAAGACUGAAGGACUAUGAACAUUCUUCUAAAACCGAAAAAGCUGGCUGUUGGAAUGGUGCACGCAUUUCCAGAAUUGUGUACCGCUACUUGUUUCUACAUUUUCUGUUGUUUUCCUGUCACCCAGGUUUUCAAUCAUUAGCGAGCAUGUCAGCAGCACUGUGAUUUCAAAAGAAACAUCCAGGUUCAACUAGCGGUGGCUGUACUCCAGUCCUUAAAUGGUUAAAUCACUACCCCAGGCUCUAUUUGUUUUUGACUGCAUCGGCUAUCCGAUGAUUAAAAUGGCCAGUGCAA